AUGGAUGAAACCGGUAAUGAAGUUGUAGAUGAAAUAAACAUGUAUUAUGAUUGCCGAUACAUUUCAGCUUGUGAAGUAAUGUGGUGCUUAUUUAGUUUUGAGGUAGAAUAUAGAACCCCACCAGUUGAGAGGCUAAGCUUUCACCUACCGGAUUGUCAAUCCGUUGUUUUCCAAGACGAUGAUAACAUUAAUCGUGUUUUAAAUAGAGAAUCAGUUGCACAAAGUAUGUUCAAUGGAUGGUUUGUAGCAAAUCAAAAAUAUCCAGAAGCCAGAGAGUUAAUUUACAUUGAGAUGCCUACAAAAUUUGUUUGGAAAAAGGACAUUCGUGAAUGCCAUCUAAGAAAGAAGGGUUUCUCCAUUGGUCGCAUAUUCUAUAUUCCACCAGCAUCAGACCGGAAUAUGUUUGGAAUGAGGUGUGACAACAUUUGUGUGAGGAUGCUCAACAUUGUGAAAGAAGAAUACUACAACAACCAGAACCGAUUGCUGUUUGAAGAAUUAUCUUAUGAUCGUGAGUUUUUACAACAAGAAGCUCAAGAGUUGUGUGAUAAAUUGACGGAAGAGCAAAGAUCUAUUUAUGACACUGUUUUAGAAGAUAUUUCAAGUAAACUGGGUGGAUUAUUUUUUGUAUAUGGGUAUGGUGAAACUGGAAAAACAUUCGUGUGGCGAGUGUUGUCAUCUACACUACGCUCUAAAGGCCAAUAUGUGGCAUCAAGUGUACUAGGUGGGGACUUCUGUCAAAUUCUUCCCGUAGUCCCCAAAGGUACUAGACAAGAUAUAGUUUCUGCAGCUAUCAAUUCUUCCUAUUUGUGGAACAAUUGCAAGGUAAUGAAGCUCACAAAGAACCUUCACUUGAAUGCUGUAAAAGACUCUGUAGAACAACAAUCUUCACAACACUUUGCAAAUUGGAUAGCUUCAAUUGGUGAUGGCAAAAUUGGUGGACCUAAUGAUGGUUAUGCAGGAGUAGAAAUACCUAGUACUAUGUUACUAUCGUCUGAUGGUGACCAUAUUGAAACCAUUGUUAGAAGUACAUUUCCUAUAUUUGCUAAUGGUAAUUCUAUUGCAAGUUAUCUUCAAAGGCGUGCUAUUCCAGCACCUACUCUCGAGGUAGUGAACUUAGUGAAUGACUAUAUGAGUGAGUUGCAUACGGCUGAAAGUAGAACAUAUUUUAGUUGCGACACAAUAUGCAAAGCUGUUGCAGACGCUGGGAUACUUAGUGAUGUUCACACACCUGAAUUUUUGAAUGGCAUUAGAGCUUCAGGUCUUCCAAACCAUGCAUUAACUAUAAAAAUUGGUUCACCAGUCAUGUUAUUAAGAAAUAUUGAUCACUCAGUUGGUUUGUGUAAUGGCACGCGGUUGUAA